GCGUCGACCCUCCACGUCAGGGGCGGGGCCCACGGCCGAGCUCCAGCGUCCCUCCGCCCCGCCCCAGCAGCGCCUCCUCGAGGACCGUCCGGCGGGUCACGUGACGGGUCCGCGGUGCUGGCGGUUGCUGUCAGCUGAUUCCCCGGCUCGGUGGCGGUGGCAGCGGCAGCCGUGGCGAUGGACUUUCUCCUGGGGAACCCGUUCAGCUCUCCGGUGGGACAGCGCAUCGAGAAAGCUACAGAUGGCUCCCUGCAGAGCGAGGACUGGGCGCUCAACAUGGAGAUCUGCGACAUCAUCAACGAGACGGAGGAAGGUCCCAAAGAUGCCUUCCGAGCAGUGAAGAAGAGAAUCGUGGGGAAUAAGAACUUCCACGAGGUGAUGUUGGCUCUCACGGUCUUGGAAACCUGCGUCAAGAACUGCGGCCACCGCUUCCACGUGCUGGUAGCCAGCCAGGACUUCGUGGAGGGCGUGCUGGUGAGGACCAUCCUGCCCAAGAACAACCCGCCCACCAUUGUGCACGACAAGGUGCUCACCCUCAUCCAGUCCUGGGCUGACGCGUUCCGCAGCUCGCCCGACUUGACAGGCGUGGUCGCCGUGUAUGAGGACCUGCGGAGGAAGGGCCUGGAGUUCCCCAUGACUGACCUGGACAUGCUGUCACCCAUCCACACGCCCCAGAGGACCGUGUUCAACUCAGAGACGCUGUCAGGACAGAAUUCCGUGGUUACUGACGCCAGUCAUCAAGGGGACUCCGGCCAGCACACCACCCCUCUGCCCACCUCAGCCCUCCUCCCCAGCGACACACCCAUCACACCGACCCCUGAGCAGAUUGGGAAGCUGCGCAGCGAGCUAGAGAUGGUGAGCGGGAACGUGAGGGUGAUGUCGGAGAUGCUGACGGAGCUGGUCCCCACCCAGGUGGAGCCGGCGGACCUGGAGCUGCUACAGGAGCUCAACCGGACGUGCCGGGCCAUGCAGCAGCGGGUCCUGGAGCUCAUCCCCCGCGUCGCCAACGAGCAGCUGACCGAGGAGCUGCUCAUCGUCAACGACCACCUCAACAACGUCUUCCUGCGCCACGAACGGUUUGAACGCUUCCGAACAGGCCAGGCCACCAAGGCCCCAAGCGAGGCCGAGGCGGCCGCUGACCUGAUCGACAUGGGCCCUGACCCCGCAGCCACCAGCAGCCUCUCGUCCCAGCUGGCAGAAAUAAACCUGGGCUCCAGCAGCGUGAGGGCUGGCCUGCAGUCUCUGGAGGCCUCUGGGCGCCUGGAAGACGAGUUUGACAUGUUUGCGCUGACGCGGGGCAGCUCGCUGGCUGACCAACGCAAAGAGGUAAAAUACGAAGCCCCUCAAGCCACAGAUGGCCUGGCUGGAGCCCUGGACGCCCGGCAACAGAGCACCGGAGCGAUGGGAGGCGGCAGUGAGAAGAGCCUCAGUGACUGGAUGGUGAGACAAGGCAUGAUCCCCGUCACCCAGGCCUGCCUCAUGGAGGACAUCGAGCAGUGGCUGUCCACAGACGUGGGGAAUGAUGUGGAGGAGCCCAAGGGCGUCACCAGUGAAGAAUUUGACAAGUUCUUGGAAGAACGAGCCAAAGUGGCCGAUCGUUUGCCCAACCUCUCUAGCCCCUCAGCCAAGGGGCCCCCGGGGCCCCCGCCAGGCACUGCCCCUCGGAAGAAGACCCAGGAGAAAGACGACGACAUGCUGUUUGCCUUAUGAGAGUGGGGCCUGGCGCCCUGCAGCCCGACCCCUGCUGCUCCCAUGCCCCAGGUGUGGCGGGGGCCUGUCCCUGCUCUGGUGUUAAGGCUGCUUUGGGGGUGGCUUGAUGUGUACGCCCUUCUCUCCCUCUUGAGGUUGGGGCUGUGCCGCCUCAGGGUGUGGGAGGCAGCCGGAUGAAUAGGGGGACGGGUCAGCUCUACUUUGGGAUCCUGGACGCUCCUGCCUCUCCUCCCACCCCAACCGACCACUGCGAUUUUGCUGAGAACCAGGAGGCCCUGUGACAGACAGGCUGGCUGCGUGGUUGCCCCAGCGUGACUGCCCUUGCCCGGGUGAUCCCCUCCCGGGACCGACCCCCAGAGGAGCCCUCUUCGGAGCCCACACUGCCGGUCAAGGCCUGGCCGGAGGCUGGAGACGGCCGAAGUUUCUGUCGCGGCCUCAGGUCCGUUCCCCAGCCCCUGCCUUGGAACCCGAAGGCUUCGGCCAGCUGUUGAGGGCAGGGUGUGUGGCCCUCUGCUGAGCACACACUGUCCAGAUAUGAAGCUGCACAUGGUGUGGGAGGCCUCGCCAGCCCCAGGCCGCAAAGGGAGGCUUCUGGGGAUGCCUGGGGCACCCGCGGCCCCCCAUGACCUCCACUGCCUUGCCCUGCAUCCUUCCUCUUCCUCCUGCGUAGGGCUCCACCGGGCACUGGGCACCUGCACCUGUUGGUUGAUCCUCUUGUACUGGGAGAGGUGCCUUUUGUAUCUGCAAUUAAAGGUAGAAGAGCACCCUG